AUGCAGAAAUUGGGUGAUUUCAAGCUUCCCCAGUUCUUCAAUUACCCUCCUUACUUCACACUGCAACCAGUCAGAGACACCCGCGAGAAGCAGAUUCAGCUAUGGAAGGACCUCAUUCUCGAUUACUGUAAAACCCAGAACGUCUUUGUGAUUGCUCUGGAAGACCAAGACUUUCCUCUCUUCUCAAACCCUGCGAUCGAGAGGUCUCUUACCCACGAAGCCAGGGAAGCGUUUCUCUCAGCUUUGGUCUCGCAAGGUAGAGCAGAAUGGCUGGAUAAAAAUCACAGAAAGUGCCUUAUACUCUGGCAUCGGAUUCAAGAGUGGGCUAAUAUUAUUCUAGAGUUCGUCAAGGAAAAUGGGUUGGAGAAUAGUGUGAUGACGGUGGAGGAAAUCCGGUCUGGGCCUGAAUCUAGAGGCACAGAGCUUCAUGGGAUUGACCGUACGGUUCUGAUGCGAGCUUUGAAGCUGCUGGAACAGAAAGGGAAGCUGGCAAUCUUCAAGGGGACUACAGCUGAUGAUGAGGGUGUAAAGUUCUCCGCUUGA